UCCAAGCCAUACUGGUAUAUUAGGCAAUGAAGUAGAAAAUGUCAUAGCAGACGCCUAUCCAUAUGCUACUAAGGCUCAGACUUUAGAAUCGCUGACACCUGUUGAGUUCGCACCAUCGGAUGACUGGAAGCUUCUUUGUGGCCGGAGAUACAAGUUAUGUCGAACGAUGCAGUUUGACGAUCGUGCGAUGUCGUCUUUGUUUGAUAGCAUUGAACCUCCGCUUCACUUCUCUACAAACCUCAAGAUCAACCGCUCGAGGCAGCCUAUACGCUUUACUUCUUGCAUUGUAUUAAAAGAAGCGACAUCAUCCGUGUGCCCGCACAGUAGCGCAACGUGGGAUUCGUUGAGUACUGUCUCAUUGAGUGCCCACAACAUGGUCAGCAGAGAGAUCUUUCGCAGUCGUGUGAACACUUUAGAUAGGGACCCCUUUCCUGUGGAAAGUGUGCUUAGACCUUGGUCGCGCCAGAGCAAAAAUGCCGUAGAUACUGAGCUCUACGGGAUUGUUUCAUGGGCAGUGCUUUGAUAAAUUCCUUGUGAACAGUCGUUUAUGUGUAUCUUUAAUUUCAUCUAUGUUCCCAAGACCUGUUGUUCAUGCUUGUGUUGUUCUUGUGGUCUUAUAUUUUCUUCCUUUUAUUUUCUCCUCGAGCCACAGACUUGCUCUGCUAGUGCCUUUUUAUUACUGACGUUUGACUGUGUUCCGUACAUUCAUUACAAUUUUUUGUUUUGUUUUUGUUUCUUUCCCUAGCUAGGAUUUCGGGAUAACCGGCCUUUCUUUGUCCAAACUUUCCAUGCUUCACAUCUAAUAAAGCGGGAGCUGUGGAGAUAUUUUUGCGCAUUACUCUUCUCAGAACCCCAUUUAAAAUGGACCAAAGGCGCCUGCGACGACGGGGAGGAAUGACAACCGGCAUCAACGAAUAAAGUUGCGAUUGUUUGGCAGAACUCUAUGUGUGACACGUUACUUUCCCACGUGACUCUGGCUAAAAGCGUCAGUGUUGCGAUGUACGCGCCAGACUGGUAACUUUGCGUAACUUUGCCGCGUUUUAUUGCCGGCACAUGUCACUAUAUGUGUAAGAGGUGCGGUUGCGUCCUCACCGCGGGCAUGAUUUGCGUCCUUUACGAACACGACCGCGUUCGCCCGAGGAAGGAUUCGUAGCCAACUUUUUCCGCAUGCGCGCACUUUAUUGGAAGCUUCUUCAUAACGACAACAUAAUCGAAUAAUGUAGAGAGGAAGGAACCACUGCCGCCAGUAGCGGCCACGGCGAGGCCGUGUCGAGGAAAAAAAACAUCCGCGCGCUCCGUAGUUGUGCGUAAGCGAUCAGGUCGAAAGAGAACAUUUAUGCGCCUUCUCUCUGCUAUGCGCAUGUGCCACGCUUGAGGGCUUAUCUCCAUUCACGACGCGUUGAACCCUCUCCAACUUCGUUGCUGACACGGGUCAAUGCUGCCAAGGAUCGCAAGGCGAAGGAAAAAAAAAACGAGAGAAAUAAAGAAGAACAAAAAAACAAAAACGAAAUGGCCAGCACGUCGUCAUGUAUUCACUUGAAUAGCGAAGGAAAAUGAGAUGAAAAAGGACGCGGGUUAAACGCACGCACCUCAGAUACGCACCGGGUAGCGCGAAGUUCACUUCUCCAUAUUCCAGCCGCCCAGGUCCACAGGAAGCGCCAUGGAGAACCACACAGCCGCAGAUUUCGAAUCGGCGUCGGAUUUUUUCAGGCGCGACCCGCGCACCGCCGACUGGGCCCUGGUGGGCAACAAGCAGUUCAUCGUCUUUCUGAUUGCCGCCUACGUCUACAUCGUCAAGAUCGGCGGACCUCGGUUCAUGAAGGAGCGCAAGCCCUACGACAACAUCAAGCCCCUGAUCCUGCUCUACAAUGCCGUCAUGGUGCUCCUCAACUGCUACUUCGUCGGUGCCUUCUUGUCGAAGAGCUAUUGGGGCGGCGGCUACAGUCUUUUCUGUCAGGGCAUCGAUUUCCAGGCUCGGGAUGCGCUGACGAUGAGCAUGCUGUCUCACCUGUGGUGGUACGUGAUGGUGAGGAUCGCCGACUUCCUGGACACCGUCUUCUUCGUCCUGCGCAGGAAGGACUCGCACGUGUCGUUCCUGCACGUCGUCCACCACAUCUUGGUCGUGUUCAACGGUUGGUUCGGCCUCGCCUACGGAGCAGACGGCCACGCGGCCUUCGGCACCAUCUUCAACAGUUUCGUGCACGUGGUCAUGUACUCCUACUACUUCUUGUCUCUGUUGGGACCCUCGGUUCAGAAGUACCUGUGGUGGAAGCGCUACCUCACCCAGUUCCAGCUGGCGCAGUUUGUAAUCAUGUUCUUCCACAUGACCGUACCGCUAUUCGUGAACUGCGGUUACCCUCUCGCACAUAUAUGCAUCACGUUGCCACAGGGCGUCUUCUUCUUCACAAUGUUCAUGAACUUCUACGUUAAGAGUUACUCUAAUCGAAGGAGGCCUCAGCCUCGCGAGGAGGCCAAGAACAAAGAUCAGUAAUUUCAGUCGGCUCCAAGUCUGUUAGAAAAGAAGCACCCACUUUUUCUUCUGCUUUCUUUUUCAUUUUUUUUUUAAGCGCUGGCAAUUUUAAAUUUUGCGUGGGUUAGUACGUAUUACGGUCGCACAGAGUAAAGCGCUUGAAACUCAGCUGUUAGGCUUCGGUCUCUGCACUUCAUUAUCUUGUCCUAGUCCUCACACUUCUGUAGACAGGUUGAUAGAGACAAGCCCAUGGAGCGGAUGUGCGUGUAACGGUGUUGAGAUCGCCCGCAGACAGGCGGAACCAUGUCGUGCGCCGAUCUGAAGAUUGAUUUGGUGAGGUUGCUAUUAUCGGAAGGACCACAACUGGCCUUUAAUUGACGCAUUCCGCGGUCUUAUAGGUGUGCAGAAAAGGCCUGCGCAUGGGCUAAAUGUGAAGCUUGAAUGUAUAGUUAAGCGAGCUAAAUACGAAUGUGACGAACUAAACGUAGCAGAAAAAGAGGCUUCAGUGCACGAAUGCUCACAGCAGUAUCUGACUCUCUGAUUGCAUUCUGAUUGCAAAGCUUAUGUCAUGGAAACACAAAUUGUAUAAGCACGCCCUGGCGUUAACUUCUUGCUCUCUCUCUCUCUCUGUCUGCUUAGCGAGCUCUUCUCAGCAAGGACGUGGUAAUUAUUAUUCGGAAGCAACGUUGUAAAAGGCCUUUCUUAAUGAAGCUAGGCAGAAAUGGGCAAUCAAGUAAGUAUAUCGAGCCCGUGUACUUGCCUGUACUUGACCAUUGAGGUACCUCCAGGUAUAAUUUCUUAAUUUUUCUUUGCACAGGCAUGCAUCCUCGAAGCAAACCGAUUUCAUGCUAGCAGCAUUAGUUGUUCUACACUGUACGUAUCUUGAGCGUAAGUACUCGGGUAACUGUUCUAAGUUUGAUGAUACUGCCGAAUAUUGAUACUAUUCCUAACCUAAUGCUAUUGCUCUCUUUCUCACUAUCUCCUCGCGCUCAGCCUUCCAUUUUUUUUUACAAUGUGGCGCCUAGUCAAAGAAUGUUUAAUGUCGUUGAACUAUUUUUGUAAGCGAUUGCCCACGCAAACCGUACCUUGUGCGAGCAUUCCUAUCGUCUCACUUUCUUGUAUCAUGUAUUCUAACCUCGAAUAAACAGCUCGAGUGAGAAGUUGCA